AUUAUUUCUUUGUGUGGUUUCAAAAUCUAAUAUUAUAAAUCUAAAUUUGUUUAUAUCGUGAUAUGAAGCGAAACAAAACGCAUAGGUAUAUAGGUACUAAAAAUAGAACAAUUCACUGAACAUUUUAAAAGAAACGUCAUCAUUUAUGGUUAUUUGUAUAUGAAUACAUCGUUGUCUGAGUACCUAGAACACAAGCCUUUAAUGAGCUUACCGUGGUACUUAGUCAAUUUGUGGAAGAAUGUCGCUAUCAGUGGUGGCCGAAACGUGAAUGCAAUUGACCAUUAACCAUUACAAAUUGAACCGUAAAUUGUAACCGCCCGUGACGGUUCAAUUUGUAAUGGUUAAUGAUAAUUUUCAAUUAACGUUCGGCCAACACUGGUGCCCAUAAUAUUUUAAUUAAUUUAUUACGAUACACAUAAAAAAAUAGGUGAUAUACUCUAUCUUUACGUUUUAGAUAGAUACCUGCACCUACGCUAGUCAAUAAGCAACAAUCGGUUAAUUAAUCCAGAUUUGUGUCAUUGUGCCUAACGCCUAACGCGAUAAACGACUUAUUGGACUGGCGGAAACAUGACUCACCAGGACACAUCACUGAAAUUCGAAACCAUGGAGGCGGGUGAUUUCAAAGAUUUCGCGAAGGCGAUGACUGACUACAUCGCCGAGUACUUGGAGAACAUAAGGGACAGGCAAGUGGUGCCAUCAGUGAAGCCCGGCUACCUGCGGCCGCUGGUCCCUGAGCAAGCUCCUGAGCAGCCAGAGCCGUGGACCGCCGUGAUGGCCGACAUCGAGCGCGUCGUCAUGACCGGCGUCACCCACUGGCACUCGCCGCGCUUCCACGCUUACUUCCCCACUGCGAACUCCUACCCCGCCAUUGUGGCUGACAUGCUGAGUGGCGCUAUCGCCUGCAUCGGAUUUACUUGGAUCGCUAGUCCUGCAUGUACCGAGCUGGAAGUAGUCAUGUUAGACUGGCUGGGCCAGAUGUUGGGUCUGCCGGAGGAGUUCCUAGCGCGUUCGGGCGGCGAGGGCGGCGGCGUGAUCCAGGGAACUGCCAGCGAGGCUACCCUCGUGGCUCUCCUCGGAGCCAAAUCUCGAGUCAUGACUAGAGUUCGCGAGCAACAUCCAGAGUGGUCCGACUCGGAUAUACUUUCGAAGCUUGUGGGAUAUUGCAAUAAACAAGCGCACUCAUCGGUGGAGCGCGCCGGCCUCCUCGGCGGAGUGAAGUUGCGUUCCCUGCAGCCAGACGAAAAGCGGCGGCUCCGCGCCGACAUCCUUCGCGACGCGAUCAGGGAAGACAAGGCCAAGGGACUUAUACCCUUCUACGUUGUGGCAACCCUCGGCACGACGUCAUCUUGCACCUUCGAUGCGCUUGAUGAGAUCGGUGACGUUUGUGCGGAGGACGACAAACUGUGGCUCCACGUUGACGCUGCUUACGCAGGCUCUGCGUUUAUAUGCCCUGAAUACCGUUACCUGAUGAAGGGUAUCGAGAAGGCAGACUCCUUCAACUUCAACCCUCACAAGUGGAUGUUGGUUAACUUCGACUGCUCAGCAAUGUGGCUGAAACAGCCGCGCUGGAUCGUCGACGCGUUUAACGUAGACCCUCUGUACCUGAAACAUGACCAGCAGGGCUCCGCUCCCGACUACCGCCACUGGCAAAUUCCCUUGGGCCGUCGAUUCAGAGCUCUCAAACUCUGGUUCGUUUUGAGACUAUACGGAGUCGAUAAUCUUCAAAAGCAUAUUAGAAAGCAUAUCGCGUUAGCUCAUCUUUUUGAAAAGCUGUGCUUGGAAGACGAGAGAUUUGAGAUAUUUGAAGAGGUGACAAUGGGGUUGGUUUGUUUCAAAUUAAAGGAAAGUAAUGAAGUUAACGAGGAACUGCUGAGAACGAUUAACGGACGGGGCAGAAUCCACCUCGUGCCGUCGAAAAUCAAUGAUGUGUACUUCCUGAGGCUUGCUGUCUGCUCGCGCUUCACUGAGGAGAAGGACAUUCAGGAGUCGUGGGAGGAAGUGAAGGCUUCAGCCGAUGAAGUCCUGAAGAAACUUAAAAAGUAGACAAACGCCAUCAUAAAAAUGUUUGAUGCAGAUGCUGAAAGUUACCCGAUCUAACCCUGAAUACCAAGUAUUUUUAUGUUAUAUCAAUAGAGUGUUGUCAAACAUGGUGCUCCACCGAACAACCAUAUCUAUUUGGUUUUUCUUUACAUUAUAAUAGUUACUUACAGAGUAGACAAUACAUUGAGAAAUUAGGAUAGUAUCGAUUAUGACGCAGCUUUUGCUGGCCAUGAUUGCGGAUAAUUGAUGCUCUAGCAAAUAUUACAACAGAGAAAUUUACUACCCGACGAAAGACUACGAAAUGGUAUCACGAAUUCAAACCUCCACACUUACAGCUUACUUUCAUAAAUAUGAUAUAAAAUUUCUUCACCUUAAUCCAUUGCGAUAAAGUGGAAAAAUGUAUGAACUCGACUUUAAAUCAAUCAGUAAUAUUCGCGACAUAACCGUUACAUAUUGAGUGUCUUUUUUAUACUCAAUAUGUAACGGUUAUGUCGCGUGUUUCUGUUUUAACUGUUACAAUCACAUCGAUUUACGUUGAAAGGUGCCAAUUUAUAUGAGUAUAUGUAUAUAGUGGGACCAUCAUCAGAGGAUUAAUUAUAUUUAUUAACUUUAAAGUGAAUUCACGAAAUUAAGGCAAAAAAUAUAUAUACCUACUUAA